AUGGGAUCCGGGUGGUCGUGUACGCAUGGCAAGGGCGCCGACCCUCCCAACGGGGUCCUAUCCCCACGGAACAGUCCGUUCGGGAAGCUGAAGCGCAGCCUGUCCUCCCGCACCUCCGCCACGGCGCGCGCCACGCUUCCCCCCCGGGACCGCACGCUGCUGGACCUCGCGCUCGGCCGCCUGUGCGAGUGCAUAGCCGACCUCCCGGCACAUCGACUGGACCAGCUGCCUCCUGACCUGGCGCAGGCGCUCCUGGAUCGCCUGGUGGAGUGUGGGGCCCUUGACGAGGGAGUGGCCAUCCGGCUAGGGCGCCUUAGUCAUCACCGGCUGGCGCUCGACUCCUACCCCGGCCCGGUGACGGACGAGUGGCUCGUGCCCCUAGUCAACCCCGGCAUGGAAAUCAUCAAACUGGGUCGCAGCGCGGUGACCAACCAUGGAAUGAUGCAGCUCGGCCUGCUGCCCCGGCUCAAGGUCCUGCACCUGCAGUAUUGCCAGGGGCUGACAGACGCCUCGCUGUCCGUGCUGCAAGGCCUGCCGGCGCUGGAAGAGCUGAACCUGGCGGGCCUGGAGCAUCUGACGUGCCGGGCUCUGGAAUGGCUGCGCGCCUGCCCGCGUCUGGCCUGGCUCAGCCUGGAGUUGUGCGCGGGGGUGCGGUGCCUGGACCCGCUGCGCGCGCUGCCCGCGCUGCGCCACCUGGACCUGGGCUGGUGCGGGCGGGUGGGCGACGCCGAGCUGGGGGCACUGGCGGGCCUGCGCCGCCUGGCCUGCCUGCGCCUGGGGCGCACGCGCGUGACGGACGCGGGGCUGGCGGCGCUGCCGUCCCUCCCCGACCUCCGCGUCCUGGGUCUGCCGCGCACGGCAGUGACGGGCGCGGGACUGGCCGGCCUGCUGCCGCGCCUGCCCGCACUGCGGGAGCUCAGCCUGGCACGCUGCCCCGGCGUCCGCGACGACGCGGCGCGCGCGCUGGCCGCUGCCCGCCCCCCCCUCCGCGACCUGGACCUGACGUACACACGCGUGGGCGACGCAGGCGUCAUGGCGCUGGCGAGCCUGGACACGCUCGUCGCCCUGGGCCUGGAGGCGUGCCGCGUGGGCGACGCCGGCGCGGCCGCGCUGGGGGCCCUGCGCUCCCUCGAGCGCCUGGACCUGUCCGACACGCGCGUGGCAGGGCCGCGGGCCUGCGCCGCGCUGGCCCGCCUCCCGCGCCUGCACACGCUGUCCCUGGCCUUCACGGGCGUGGACGACGCGGGCGUGGUGGAGCUGGCGCGCUGCACGAGCCUGCGCCGGCUGAACCUGGACGCGCGGGGCGUGACCGAUGCCGGCUGCGCCGCGCUGGCCGGCCUGCGGGCACUGGAGGCGCUGGACCUGUUUGGCGCGCGCGUGACCGACGCCGGCUGCGCCGCGCUGGCCGCCCUCACCUCCCUCCGCUCGCUGGAGGUGUGCGGCGGUGGCGUCGGCGACGCCGGGGUCGCGCGCCUCGCCGCCCUGAUCCACCUGCGCACGCUGUCCCUGGCGCAGAACGCGGGGGUCACCUCGCGCGCGCUGGGGGCCCUGGCACCCCUCACCCGCCUCCGCGCCCUCAACCUGAGCCAGACGGGGGUGUCCAACGCGGGGCUGGCCGCGCUGGCCCGCCUCCCCGCGCUGGAGACCCUGGUGCUGCACGGGACGAGGGCGCGGGCCUCGGGCGCGGUCCGCCUCCAGGCCCAGCUGCCCGGCCUGGCGGUGGUGGGGGUGCCCGGGAUAGCGUCGCCCAAGUGA